UACUAAACGACGUUCUACAAGGGUUGCGUUAGGUCAGACAAACGAAGACGACACAGUCGACGAAAUGAGGAAAUUCGAUCCAUGGCCAGUUUUUUUCCGGCGAGAGUUCAGCAGGAACUGGCCGUUCCUCGUUGGCUUCGCUGUCACCGGCACCAUAAUCACCAAGUUUUCUCUCGGUCUCACUGAGGAGGACGCCAAGAACUCUACCUUUGUUCAGAGGCACAAGAAGUAA